AUGAUCAACACACAGCACCUCAUCAUUGAGGCCACCUCCAACCCAACACUGCUCAUCGGCAGUGUUGCGAUCCUGCUCCUCACCUAUCCCUUCCUCACCCUAACCUACAACCUCCUGCUCCACCCCCUCCGCCACAUCCCCGGCCCCCUCCUCGACCGCGCGAGCCCGCUCCCCUGGGCGAUCCGCCACGCCCUCGGCACCUCGGCCUUCCACACGGAGCGCCUGCACGUGCGGUACGGCGCCGUCGUGCGCAUCGCCCCCAACCACCUCUCCUUCACGUCGCCGCGCGCCUGGCGCGACAUCUACGGCUCGCUGCCGCGCGAUGGGAGCUACACCAGCGUCUGGCCCGAGGUGUCCAAGAGCAAGACUUUCACGUCGGCGACGGAUGAUCAGGAGGAGUCCGUUAUUCAGGCGGGCUUCCAUGAGCAUGCGCGUCUGCGGAGGGCGCUGGCGCCGGGGUUUACGGACGCGGCGUUGCGGGUGCAGGAGAGGGUGUUUAGGGGGUAUGUGGAACGGUUGGUGGGGAAGAUUGGGGAGAAGUGUGGUGGUGGUGGUGGUGGUGGAGAGAAAGGGGCGGUGAUGGAUGUGGAGAAGUGGUAUAAUUGGACGACGUUUGAUAUCGCGGGGGAAUUGGUGUUUGGGAGUGCUUUUGGGUGUCUGGAGAAGGAGGAGUAUCACCCGAUGGAUUGCGUUCCUGAUGGGCACGCUGACGGCGGCGGCGGCGAUGGUGUCGAUUAUUUAUCUUGGGGGAAGGUGGUUGAACAUCUCCUUCGAAAAGUUUUUAGCAACGGCCUGGUUCUCACCCUCGGCGGGUCCGAGACAAUAGCCACCACGCUCUGUGGAGCAACCUACCUUCUCCUGGACAACCCGGAAACGAUGAAGCGGCUCUCCCAGGAAGUACGUGGGUCAUUUAACAACGCGGAUGAAAUCACUGUCAAGGCGCUAUCUCAACUUCCCUAUCUGACCGCGGCUAUCAACGAGACUUUGCGCAUGUACCCACCGGUGACCUCGGACUUGAUUCGGGUGAUUCCCCCGGAAGGGAAGAACAUUGCUGGCCACUACGUUACCGGAGGUACAUACGUGGAGAUCCAGCAAUGGUCAAUCAACCACAGCCCGGACAACUGGGUUGAUCCCUGGACAUUCAACCCUGACCGAUUCCUUCUCGAGGACGACAAAGCAAGGGAGGCAGGCAAUAUUCUGGAAGCAUCUCAACCCUUCAGCUGGGGGCCGAGGAAUUGCCUCGGGCGCAAAAAUGGUGUUGGGUAUUUGUAG